AUGCGACUUCCUGCCCCCAAGGACGAGCUGUGCGACGCUGAACCAGCCUCCCCGGCGCUCCGUCACUCACUCUCCGAGUCUGAGAAAUGGGCAGAUACCUACGCCUCUCUACGUUUGACGAGGAGCGAAUGCGGGCCCACAGGAAGGCCCGACCGGCGCCCCUCCCACCCGGGCGCUCGCCGGCCAGUGGCCCCGGGACCGGACGACCGAGGGCCUUCCGGGGAUCGGGCCGGGCGGAAGGAGGGGCCGCGGCGUGGACCGCGCCGCCCGACAAUGGCGCUUGCGGCCGGGCGCGGGGCGCCGGGUCUGUGGCGCGCCUGCAACUGGCUCAUGGGCGCCUUCUUCGCGCUGGCGGCCUUCGUGCAGGUAAAUGAUCCAGAUGCAGAAGUGUGGAUGGUUGUGUAUACAGUUCCUGCCGGUCUGACCCUGCUUGUUGGACUUAACCCUCUUGUCACAGGUAACUUUAUUUGGAAGAGUGUCUCUGCAAUACACAUAUUCUUCUGUAUCGUGUGGGCUGUUGGCUUGGCGUACAACCUCUUGCUUCAUACAAAACAGAACAUCUUGCAUGAGGAAGAAGGCAGGGAGCUCUUUGGUCUGGUGAUUAUCACAGCAUGGCUGAGCCUGUGCCACAGCUCAUCAAAGAAUCCAGUUGGUGGAAGAAUUCAGUUGGCUAUUGCUAUCAUAGUUGCUCUUUUCCCAUUUAUCUCAUGGGUCUAUGUAUAUAUAAACAAGGAGAUGCGGUCCUCCUGGCCAACUCACUGCAAGACAGUAAUUUAAAUGAAGAAUCCUGUUCUUAAAAUGAGAGUUUACAAUUUUUUGUAAACAUGAUUGUAACAUGCCAGUUUUCUAGGAAUUUAUUUCAGGUAAUUUAAUACUAGAGAUGAUUUUUUUACAAAAUCCUAAGUUAGGCUGCCUACAACACAGGACUGGAAGGGACUAGUAAGAGAAGGAGUCUGACAUUCUGUUGUGUCACAGUGUAGUGGAAAAGGCAAAACACAAAAGUUCAGAAAUAUGAAUUCUAACUCAGCUACGUUACUAUCCAUGUGACUUGGGCAAAUGUGUAAACCUCCCAUGGAUAAUUCUUUAUCUAUAAAAUAGGGUUACUACCAGACCUCCUACUUAUUUAUAUAGUUGCAAGGUUUAUAACCGAGAUAAUAUGAGAGCAUUCAAAAUAUAAAGAGCUGACAAAGGGCUGCACCUGAUAACAUAGAGGGAAGCAGGGUUUGGAUAAUGAUAGAAAGAGUUCAGGAGAGGGCUGUACCCCUGAACUAACCUCAGUAUACUGAACUGGUACAGUGCUGUGAAUUAAAUGAGGACUCCAGAUGAACCAAGUGAACAAGCAUGUCUUGGAAAGAAAGUUAGCUAGAAUAAAGGAAUGUGGGACCAAAAAGAAGGAGAGAGAGAAUAUUAAUUACAUUUUAAAUGAAAAAUAAGACCAAAAUCUAGACACAUAUUUUUAAUGUCAAAAGUAGCCCUGUAGAGAAGACCAUUUCAGAGCUGUGCAGUCUGGUGGCCACUAGCUGCAUGUUGUAUUGAGCGCUUGAAAUGUACACUGAAGAAGUUUGAAUUUUUUCAUUUUUAUUUAAAAACAUCAAUUCAGUUAUGAGAAAACUUAUAAGUGUGUUUGGAACACUUGUUUUAAGUAUGUUUGGAACAACUUGGAUAUGUGAAUCUACUUCUUCAGCUGCAAAUUUUAUGUCUAAAUACGGACCAAGUACUUCCAAUGAAAAUUUAGUGUCCAAAUGGAUGGAUUAUAAGCAUAAAAUAUACACUAGAUUUUACAGACUUAGUAUAAAAAAGAAUGUAAAAUAUUUUUAUAUUGAUUACAUGUUAAAAUAAUAUGUUAGAUGUAUUGGGGUAAAUAAAAUACAUAAUUAAAAUUAA